GGAAGGCUUGUUCACCACAAACAUUGGAAGAAGGUUUUUGCUUUCUGAGACUGGCUGACACGGACACCACCUCCAGCCAGCUAGGCCCAGCCUUGGGCGUCCAGGGUAUCUCCUGAGGACAUCACUAGGCCUUCUGGAUUGGCAUGGUUCCCCUCCCUCUGGAGGAAGCUUUCUUCAGGCAUCACGGCACUCCUUGCCCUCUCGCUUGGGGGACCCUGCACUCUUCCUGCAGCCAUAUUUGCAUCCCAGUCUCCUAAUGCCUUGUGGAUGUGGAGUUCCAGUGACGCAGAAAGUAAGGCCUUCUCCUUGCCUCAGAGCAGUCCCUACAGAUCUCUGGGGUGCUGGGUGGGAGGCUGCAGCAGCUCCUGCCAUGUCCGCUUCCUGAAAUGCCAGGCCGUUGGGCAGAAUGGAAGCAGCCAAUGCCAAAUCCUUCUACUGGGAGGUUUUUCCCCCAAUGCCUGCCUGCCGGGUGUACUGCAGCCCGGCGUACCAAGAUGGACACCUCUAUGUGGUGGGUGGCUGCAGCCAGCAGGGUCUGCCGGUGGACACUGUGGAAAUGUUGGAUAUUGUUUCCCACAAGUGGACAGGGUUGCCUCCUAUGCCUACCCCACGGGCGGGGGCUGCAACGGCCAUGUUGGACAAGGAAGUGCUGGUGAUCGGAGGGGUGGACUCCACCCAGAGCCCCUUGGCUUCCGUUGAAGCGUACCACGUUGACGAGGGCAAAUGGGAGAAGAAAGCAGACCUGGCUCAGGCUUCCAUGGGUGUCUCGGCUGUUGAGAAAGAUGGUAACGUUUAUGCUUUAGGUGGAAUGGGUGCAGACACUUCUCCACAAGCUCUGGUGCAGAUGUAUGAGCCAACAAAAGAUUGCUGGCUGGCCCUGCCCUCUAUGCCUACGCCCUGCUAUGGAGCCUCCACCUUCUUGCAUGGGAACAAGAUCUACGUGAUGGGAGGAAGGCAAGGCAAGCUGCCUGUCACAGCCUUUGAAGCCUUUGACCUGGAAGUGAGGAGCUGGACCCGCUACCCCAGUGUGCCCAGCCGGCGUGCCUUUGCCAGCUGUGCCAUGGCGGAGGGCUGCUUUUUCAGCCUGGGAGGACUGCAGCAGCCGGGGCCCCACAACUUCUAUUCCCGCCCGCACUUUGUCAAUACGGUGGAGAUGUUUGACACGGAGGAAGGGUCCUGGAGCCGGCUGAGCCGUACCAUCCGCAUGAGAGACAAGAGAGCUGACUUUGUAGCUGGCUAUCUGGGUGGACGUGUGGUAGCAGCUGGUGGCCUUGGGAACCAGUCGUGUCCUUUGGGAUCUGUCGAAGGGUUUAACCUGGCCAGGAAAAAAUGGGAUGCCUUGCCCUCCAUGCCUACAGGCCGCUGCUCUUGCUCCAGCUUGGAGGCUGCCAACCUGCUCUUUGUGAUUGGAGGGGUGGCCCAGGGCCCCAGCAGCGCAGUGGAGGCCUUAUGUCUCCAGGAAGGGGUCUGAGUGACACUCUCUGGUGGAUACAAGCCACGUAGACUAAAGUGCCUGAUGACAGAAGACAGGAUGCAUGUACAAUGGAGCAAGGAGCAGAACGUGUGCUUGGUUAAUAACCAGGCAGCCUGCAGCAGUAGUGACCUUUCCUCUUGCUGUUCUCCAAAUAAGACACUUCAUCUUUGCAAAGCAUAGAGUUUCUCAGAGAUGAGAGGAGCCUCCCCUGUAAGCAGGACGAGGCUCAGCCGCUUCUCUUCGCCUGAUAGAGUAGGGGAGGCUCAGUGGAGGUUAACCUCUUGGUGCUGGAGGCAGAAGCAGAAUUCCUUGCUCCAUUGCUGUGGUUUCUUCAUUACACACAGCCUUCUCACUCCAGAUGGAGCUGGCAGGAACACGAGCUGGGCUGGGCCCAGUGUCAAUGUGAUUGCUUUUGUCAAACCAAAAUUAUUAGUUCAGUUCAACCUACCCACCCACUGCUUUCUCCCUCUCUCCCAUUUUUCAGGUUUAGACUGCAAGCUCUUGAGAGCAGAGUCUUCCUUCUCUUUGUGUGUGUCCCUCUCUGUUGGGCUAAACCUGUUCUUUAGAUUAGUGUGUGCAUUUUAACAACUCGUCUGCCAGGGGCUACUCUCUUCUUUUUGGUGUAGGUAGGAUUGCUCAAUUUUUGUUUCGGUUCUAGCAUGGUGGUAUUGAACCAAAGUUGCUUUCUGUCUUUUUACCACUUUGUUUAAUUCAGUGCAUCAGUGCAUUGCCCUUCAAAGCAUCCCCAAUGUACUGUGUCAGCGAAAAUUAAGAAGAAAUGCAAAGCUUCCUCUACCUUCCCGUCUGCAGGCAAACAGCAAGGAAGCUUCUCAUUUCUCAAGAUUGUUAAGUAACUUAGUCAAAGAACAGAGUAGGAGACAAGAGGGGGAUUUUUUUGUGUUCUGUUUAUUUUUAAAUGGGAAGACUGGUCUAGAUCAUGUUAAUUGGAGUUGCUUGAGGUGCAGUGUGGUUGACCCUUGCAUGUGGAUGCAAGGCUUACCCCAAAUGAUAUACUGUACCAUGCCUCAAAGCAACCCUGUUUAACUUGAUCUAGACUGAUCCCAUCUGUAAUAAUUGGACCAUCUAUUCACACCCUGAGUUCUGAUAUGCAGUGAAGCAAUCACACAGACGGAGGCAUAGCUCUGACCACAUGCUUGCUUAUGCCAGCUUUUGGGCUAUAUGGACUGGCCCUUAAUUGCAAAGGGCAAUGAGGUUUCCUCAGCAGGUUCUGAGGAAGGGGGGAAGGAAGAUGCUGUUGUAGUGGAGCAGGUACUCCAGUAUUUCUGCUUUGAGCUAUCAAUGCUAUUCUUGUGGUGAUGUCUCUUCUGCUGUACAGCUGAGUUGACUCUAGGAAAGCUGGGUGUAGCCAUGACGCCUUGUGGUGUGUUCUUAACCCAGUCUGUGUCUCAUGUAGCACAUAAGGUGCCCUCUAGCUCAGUGCCUAGGAGGUGGUGUAGCACCUCAUGCCAAUAAAACCUGUGGGAUUUUCCCCCUUUGUGACUCAUUCAUAAUUGGUUUUUACUUUGAGAUCCUUUCCUUUGUCUUAGCACUAUUAUAUCUUCUAUGCUCUAUAUGCCUUUAACAUCCGGCUGCUCCCUACAACUUGUCAUUGCAGGGUUAAUCACUACCAGACGGUCAAGUACACCACCAUAGUUGAGAAAUGGUAUGUUUUGAUCCUCGCCAGAUAAUUAGUCCACCCACAUCAAAAGACUAAGUAGCUAGAUCAUUGUCAAUUAAAAGUCUUGUUUGUAGGUAGAGAUGAAAGCAUUGCAGACUUAGAAAAUGGGGAAGCCAACAUGUAGAGCCCAGUCCCAGUGUACUAGCUCCACUUCUUACUUUUGUGCAUUUAGUGCCAAGGUCUGAAGGGGCUUUUAAACAUGUUUGUAAACUCUGUGGAAUGCAGAAGAUGCAUAUCAGGGUUUCCAAUUGCACAAAGGCUUCUCAGCAUGUUGUGUUGGAUGCACUUGAAAUCCUAAUUCAGCCCUUCAUGGUGACAGCAUAAAUGUUGGCACAAGAGGUAGGUGGGGCUUGUGGGGAGUAGGGUAUCUGUGCAUCUCCCAAAGCCCUUCUACCUGCAGAAGAUGAAAUAAUACACUCAUUUAUGAAACAGGAGACACACUAAAAAAGCAGAUAAACAAGACAAUCU